AAUCAAAGCUACCGCAAACAUUUAUUUAAUUUUUCAAUUUUUUUCCUUAAAUAUUGUGCAAUUCAAGGUCUUAAAUGUGCUUUUUCUUAAACUUCACUACACAAAAUCAAUCAUCAGUGUGAACUAACAAGAAAGAGGUUGGUGUGUGUGUUUGUGUGAGUGAGUGCCAGCGUAAAGCAGUGUACAAAAGCCUUUCUUGAAUCUUUUUAUGUUUGCGGUAAAAGGGCAGCUUUAACAAUUUCUGCUGAGAGAAUUCUGCACCAUAAGAAACCGUGUGUGUGUGUGUGUGUGAGUGUAAUGACAGUUACAAUAUUCGCUUCGUCAAGUGGCAACUCCUUUAGUUUUUGUUUGACAACAUCAAAACGGACCAUUUCGUCGAAAAGGAAAUCAUAACCAUUAUCAUCAGCCACAGAAGCUACGACAGCAGCAAUCGAAGCAGCUUGUUAGCAAUCGAUUUUGUCAUCUAUAAUGUGCACUAAAUAAAACAACAAUAAUAAUAACAAUAGCAACAACAACAACAAGUACCGAUACAAGACAUUAAGCAACAAAUAGUGGAUUUUUGUUUUUUUAUAAAUAUUUCCCCUUGUUUAAGUGUUAUUCUUCCGUCGCGUUUCUAACACCACAAACACAACGUCAUUCGCCGGUUUGCCAUUAAAACCAUUAGCAAAAGGCAAAACAUAGAAACAAAACAUUCUGGUGUACAUGUACUCUACUACUAAUGUUUUGAAUUAUAUAGACCACACACAUUCAGUUGCUGCUUAUCCAUUAUUGAGUAGCUGAAGAAAUAGGUUUUUGUGAACCCACAUCUGCUUUAAACGACAAUAUCAUUAUCAGCCAGCAUCAGCAAAAAAAAACAUCGUUUUUUAUAGACAACAUUAUUUGCUACAUUGAACAAUACCACCACACUUAAUAGUGGGACUGAAGCAUCUACAUCAGCAUCCAAAACCCAGCAUCUGCAGCAUUAGCAUAAAAAAAAUCUACCAUAUAGUCUACCAUCAUGUCAAACUGGGAGGAAUUCUACAAUACCCAUCUGCCUCCAACAGAUUUUGAGGAUAAUCGUUCACUUUUAAAGGAAUUUUGUGAACGACACAAUCAACUGCAAAACAGAAUCGUCCUUGUAACAUCAGGUGGCACAACCGUCCCAUUGGAGCACAACACUGUACGUUUUGUGGAUAAUUUUAGUGCCGGCACACGUGGCUCCUCCUCAGCGGAAUAUUUCCUAGAUCAUAAUUAUGCCGUCAUAUUUAUGCAUCGUCAAAAAUCCUUGGAGCCAUUCACCCGCCACUUUACUGGUCAGCAGUUCUUCGAUAUGCUCGACAUUACGGAUAACGGACAGAGUACUUCCAUUACCGUUAAUCCCGAUUCGGUGGAUGUGUUUGCGCCCAUAUUGGCCAAAUACAAACAGGCCCGCGAGUCACAAAUGAUAUUGUAUGUGAGCUUUACCAGUGUCGUGGAUUACAUGUGGCUGUUGAGGGCCGCCUGUGAAUGCCUCGCAGCGUUUGAGGAUAGGGCUGUGCUAUUUUUGGCAGCAGCUGUAUCGGAUUUCUACAUACCGCAGGAUAUGAUGCCUACCCACAAAAUGCAAUCCGGUGAGGGAGCUCCAACAAUUUCCUUGCAAUUAGUGCCAAAAAUGUUAGCACCAUUGGUCAGCCUGUGGGUGCCUCAGGCUUUUGUUGUCUCUUUUAAAUUGGAAACCGAUGAGAAUCUAUUGAUUACCAAAGCUCGUGAUAGUUUGAGUAAAUAUAAGCACAAGUUGGUUAUAGCAAACAUUUUGCAAACACGUAAACACCGUGUGGUUUUCGUUACGCCAACAUCCUCCUAUGAAGUACAUUUAAGUAGAGAACAAGCACUGCAAGGCCUUGAAAUUGAGGAACCAAUUGUUGCUGAUGUAGUACAAAAACACGGAGAAUUCAUAAAUUCUGGUAUGUCUCGCCAAUGACCAAUGUCAAUGCGACAGCGGCAGCAACAACGGCAUCACAUGCAAGUCGAUUGUCGCGUGACAACGCCGCAUUUUUGUCGUCUCUUGAAUCCGGGACCUGGCAUUGGACGAAGAUAUUGAAAAACGCUACUAUUAUUACAACAGCAAAAACAACUACAACAACAAAACACCAACCCAAAAACAAAAAUCAACCAAACAACAUCAAAAUAGGAAGAAGAAGAAAAAAACAUAUUCAGGUAAAAAUAUCAACUUUUAUUAAUCUCCCCUAAACCCUGACCAAGGCCCCAUAAGGACAGCUGGCUGGCCCUAGGGCUUUUGAAUUUCCCACAAAACCACAAAAAGUUAAACAUUUCAAGGGGAACGCAUAAAAGAGCCCCAACCCAAGUUAGUCCCCCUGUCUGACAAAACCCUUAUUUGGGGACAUUUUCCUGACAUUGUGGGGUUAGGGGAAUAUUUACAUAUUUUUUUCUAUUUUUUUCAACUAUAAAAUUAUUAAUGAGAACAUUCUAGUUUUUAAGCUAUAUUUCUUAAUUUCAAUACUUUUUUAAGAAAUAGUUAACUUUUUUCUUCUUAUAAUUGAUACACACAAUUGUUAUAGCCUUUGAAAUCUAAGCGGAAAACGUUGACGCUCUUAACAUUUAAGCUUUACAUUUUAUAUUCUUUAUCAAAUGUACACCACUUUGGUUUAGCUUUAAUGCAGCAUUAAUUCUUUAAGACAACUCCUUUUGCUCUGGAGGAAAGGACAACAAAAAGGAAUUUAAGUUAUUUUGUUUUUUAGUCUAUAAGUCAUAAUAUUGGGGAUUUUGGUUUAAGUUGUAAUUUCCUAGGUUUAAUUAGUUACUAUUUUGUGUUUCAAAGGAUUCACCAUUGCGUGUUUCCAAGGUCAUUAGGGUAAUGUUUUGCUAGCUUUUAUUAAGGAGACAAAGCCGUAGGUUUUGUGUUGAAAAAAAAAAAAAACAAAAAAUACAAAAAAAAUCCCAUUCAUCGUCCACCAUUGUUAGUACUUUUACAUCAUUUAGUCGCCGUCAUGAUCUAAUUCAUCAAUCAUAAUUUUUUUUUUAGUAAUUGGGUCAUCGUUUAUUUACAUUUUCUAGGUUAACUUAGUUUUUUUUUUUAACAUUUUCAUGGCUAAAAUUUUUCAUGACAUAUCUUUAUCAUACCAUUUUCUGAGAGGAAAAUGUUGGAAAUAUUUUAGCAACCAUAUAUCUUAACUAUUGCAAUUGGCUAUUUUUGUCCUUCUGUGAACCUUAAAGGUUAUUUGCUUAUGUGGACCUUUGGAGAAAACCAUUGAAGACAUAACAAUUUGACUUUAUUGCCCUAAAAACGCCAAACGGUUAUCGAUAAUAUGUUAUUGAUGACAAUAUUUAAUCGAUAAUAAUAUUAAACCGAUAACAGUAUUUUUAUUGAUAAAAAUAUUUGAUAGAUAACAAUAUUAAAUCGAAAAUAAUAUUUUAUCGAUGACAAUAUUUUAUCGAUUAUAAUAUAUUAUCGAUUAUAAUAUAUAUGCGAUAACAACACUAAAUCGAUACCAAUAUUACAUCGAUAACAAUAAUUGAUCAAUUUCAAUAUUAAAUUGAUAACCAUAUUAAAUCGAUAACUUUGUUUUAUUGAUAUUCUAUCGAUAGCAUAUCAACGUGAUAACAAAAUUUAUUGAUAGCUACAUUAAAUCGAUAUCAAUAUGAAAUGGAUAGAAAUAUAAAUCGAUACAAAUACUAAAUUGUUUACCAUAUUUUAUUUAGAGGCCACAGUGGCGCAGAGGUUAGCAUGUCCGCCUAUGACUCCGAACGCCUGGCGUCAACAUCAACAAAAUUUUCAGCGGUGGUUAUUCUCUUACUUUUGCUGGCUACAUUUGUAAGGUAUACUGCCAUGUUAAAACUUCUCUACCAAUUGGUGUCGCUAUGUGGCACGCCGUUCGGACUCGCCAUAACAAAGGAGGCUCCUUAUCAUUGAUCUUAAACGGACUGCACUCAUUGAUAAGACAGAAGUAUCCCCUGUUCCUUAAUGGAAUGUUCAUGGGAAAUUUAGUACCAUAUUUUAUUGGGAACAUUAUGAAAAUCAUGACAAUAUUUUCGAUAACAAUAUAAAAUCGAUAACAAUUUUUAAUCGAUAAAAAUAUGAAAUUGAUGAAAAUGUUUCAUCGAUAUCAAUAUCAAAUCGAUAACAAUUCUAUGCCGAUAAGAAUCCUUUACGAUAACAAUACUUUAUCGAAAACAAUGUUAAAUUGAUAGCAAUAUUCCGUUUUCUUUGAUUAUUCCGUUUCGGUCCUUAAAAACUGCUACUAUUAACCUUCACCACAAAAUGUGCAGGGCAUGGCAAUUCAACUGCAAUGCCUUCCAAAAUAUAUUGUUAUCGAUAAUAUUUUUUCGAUUGCAAUCAUUUAUGUUUCACUUUGACUCAAAUUCAAAUUCAAAUCGAAGUUUAGCUUCAUUUAUAGAAGGCUUUAUUAUUUCACUUCAAUGGGUUGCAAAUAUUUAUUGUUAACGAUAUGUCAUCGAUAUUUGGCCUUUCAAAACACAUUGACUAAUGUUGAGUUUGGGUGCACUAUAGCUGGCUCCACCAAAUUUCAGUGAAAACGACCAAUCUUCUGUCGAUAACUAUACUACUGUCGACAACUUUACUAUAAUCGAUAACUUUACUUCUAUCGAUAACUGUACUGCUAUCGAUUACUAUAGUACUAAUUAUAACUAUGCAACUAUCGAUAACUAGACUGCUAUCGAUAACUAUACUACUUUCGAUAAAUAUACUAUUCGACUAUAAUACAAUUGAUAACUUUACUAUAACGAUAACUUUAAGAUUAUAAAUAACUUGAUUUUAUUGAUAACAUAAUACAUGCAAUAACUAUUUGGUUCGACUAUAGCUGACUCCAAGAAAUUUCGGCCUAAAUGUCCUAUUUUCCACUGCUACAUUCGAACCGUAUGUCAGACAAUAAGUCCUCAAUAAUUUAUAAUGAUAAGCCAAAUUAAAUAUAAAUCUGGUGCCGCCAAACUGAAAACCAUAAGUUUAAAAACACCCUUUUUAUCCUUCGUCGGUGUAGAUCCCCAAGUAAAGUUUACCAUUACAUUGGAAAACCCAUAGCCCACAAUACAGUGUUAAGUAACUCUGCUCCAUACUGUGAAGCGAAUUGAAUCAUUUUCCCAGUAUGCGCCAUUUCUUUCUACUGAUUUUUGAUGUCUUGAAGAAGUUUUAUUUGGAAGCGAACUGAAUCAUUUUCCCAGUAUGCGCCAUUUCUUUCUACUGAUUUUUGAUGUCUUGAAGAAGUUUCAUGUGGAUGGAAUCACAUGAAAUCUUUACACCCAAACCUUCUAAGCUCAUUGUCAUUGAGGC